UGUACAUUCCAACUCAAUAGAACACGACUUCGUGCGGAUAUCGCCGAGUUAUAUAGAAUUCAAAGAUGCCUGCGAGGGGAUGACCUUUCGCCAACUGAUAGUCAUACAAAACACAGGCAAACAUUCCGCCCAUGUUCGCAUCUGUUCGCCGAAUUCAAUAGCAUUCCAAAUCAAGACGCUCCAAGGCGGUGUCUUUCUGAGCCCUGGAUUAAGAAUAUUGCGGUGGGUUCAUUAUUCAUACAAAAGGAACUCAGUCUUGCAUGCCAUGAUUCCCAUUUACAUCAAUUGGACUUACAUCGAUUACCACGUUAUCUGCACCUUGGCGAAAGAAAACUUGUCCAUCGAGCCAAUUUCCUUGGACUUUGGUAUCGUGGACAUCGGUUCCACAUCGGGGAUCAAGAUAUUGACUCUAAAAAAUGACGGUGGAAAAAGUACGAGGUUUGCAGUUGAUUUGGGACCCAAUGAAAUGGAGCUCUCGGUUAGACCGUUGAAAGGUGUAGUGCGAACACGGUCAAAAAUGGCUCUUCGCGUCGAGCUAAUCGGUGUAGAGGAAGGAUCUUUUUACGGAGAGUUCUGGAUCAAGUCGACACCAAAUAUACAGGUGCCGGUACGGGUGAAUAUAAUUAUUCCACGUUUGGUAGUUUACCAUCCAAACACAACCGGCGACUUUACUCUGAUAGACUUUUCACCAACAUUUACCAAUACCGUGCGACACGAUACGCUGAUCUUGAGGAACCAUUCGGCCCAAGUAUCGAAUUUCGUUGUCCUUGGAGAAAUAGAAAAUGAUUUGAUACCUAUUAACAAUAUCAAUUUGAAGAAACAUCCAGAGUUCGAAGUUUUCAAGAUACAUCCACUUGAGGGUAGAAUGGAUCCAUUUGAAGGGCGUAUUUUCAACAUCACAUUCUCGCCGACAAACAAGGUUCUGAAAAAUGUUGGCGAAUUUCGAAAAGACGAGAGCCGAGACUUCAUGAUCUUCGUACGAAUAUUCAGAAUUCACUGUACCGAAGUAAAAGACAUUAUAAGUAUGCCUAUUCUAUAGUUAUAUCGUGUAAAAUUUGAAGAAAAAAACUUACAAAGUGUCUCUCGUGAAAUUCAUACAGGAGAAGAAAUUAGCUUGGACGACCGAGUGGAGGAACCUCGUGAGAAGGUGCAGUUACUGGAACCGAGGUCCGCGGAAUCUUUGGCAGUAUCGGAUAACGAACCUCUAGAGCCAUCCGGAUACGAAACCGUCCGCCUGUGUCUCUAUGG